AUGUUUGAUUAUACUACUAAUGAAUAAGAUAUCUAUAUGACAAUAAGUAAUAACUUGGAUGAAUGGCCUGAUAAUGAAUCUUUAGGUAUAAGGGAAUUUGCAAUUUAUGCUAAUGAAUGUAAGGCUGGAUGUGUAUAAUGCACUGACAGUGUUUCUUGUAAUUCAUGCGAUUUAUGCAAAAGUGGAUUUGUUUAUAAUGAUUUUUAAUGUGUUUCUGCCUGUCCAAAUAAUAAAUAUGUAGAUAAUGCGACUAGAACUUGCCAUGAUUGCGAUCAUAAAUGUAAAACUUGUUCUAAUGCAACCAACUGUGACACUUGCUUUUUGAAUAGAGUUACACCUGAUUGCGGAUGUCCUGCUCAUAAUUAUGAUAACUCUAAUUAUUAACAAGCUUGUUUUAAAUGUUCUGAUAUAUCUGUUGGAUGUUCUACUUGUGAUAAUGUUAAGUGUUAAGCAUGUUUACCGUCACAUUUUUUAGAUGGAAAUUCAUGUGUAAUAGACUGUCCUGCAGGUAAAUGGGGAAAUACGGUAACCAGAUAAUGUGCAAAUUGCUUAGCUAAAUGUAAAACAUGUUCUAAUGCAACCAACUGUGACACUUGCUUUUUGAAUAGAGUUGCACCUGAUUGUGGAUGUCCUGCUCAUAAUUAUGAUAACUCUAAUUAUUAAGAAGCUUGUUUUAAAUGUUCUGAUAUAUCUGUUGGAUGUUCUACUUGUGAUAAUGUUACGUGCUAAGCAUGUUUACCGUCACAUUUUUUAGAUGGAAAUUCAUGUGUAAUAGACUGUCCUGCAGGUAAAUGGGGAAAUACGGUAACCAGAUAAUGUACAGAUUGCUUAGCUAAAUGUGUAACUUGUUCUAAUAGCAAUACUUGUGACAUUUGCUUUCAGAAUAGAGUACCUUAAUAAUGUAAUUGUCCUUAAUAUUCCUAUGAUCCUAAUGUUUUCAAUUAAGCUUGCACUAUGUGUUCUACUUUUUCAACUGGAUGUGCUUCAUGCAAUACAACUAAAUGUCUUACAUUUAAUUAUAGAUUUUGA